AACACAAUGAUGGCCUUAACCACAACUCCUUUGUAUCCUGAGAUCUGGACAGAGCUGUCUCACAAUGACUCAUCGCCAGGCAACUCGACAGACGACUAUGAGGACUACACUGACGAGCACGCAGAGCUCCGGCAGUCCCUCAACAUCAUGUCCCUCAUCGUCUACUGCCUGGCCUUCGUGCUGGGGGUUCUGGGAAAUGGACUUGUCAUCUGGGUGACGGGAUUUAAGAUGAAGAAGACGGUCAACACGGUGUGGUUCCUCAACCUGGCUGUGGCCGACUUCCUUUUCACAGCGUUCCUGCCUCUGAGCGUGACCUACACGGCCAUGGACUUUCACUGGCCCUUCGGCAAGUUCAUGUGCAAGCUCAAGUCCACGAUCAGCUUCCUCAACAUGUUCGCCAGCGUCUACAUCCUGGUGGUCAUCAGCGUGGACAGGUGUGUGUCCGUGGUGCGCCCUGUCUGGGCCCAGAACCAUCGGAACAUACGCAAGGCGUCCUGUAUCAGUCUGGGUGUCUGGCUGUGGGCCCUGGUCCUCAGCUCCCCCUACUUUGUCUUCCGGGACAUCGGGGCGUCCUACAAGAACGAAGAAAUCAUCAACUGCUUCAACAACUUUGCUUUCUCCGAUGACUAUGACACAAAGGAGGUGGCAGAGCUGCGAGUGUUCCGCCAUCAGGCCAUGAUCGUCACCCGCUUCCUGCUGGGCUUCGUGGUGCCCUUCGCCAUCAUCGUCACUUGCUACGCCAUCAUCAUCCACCGGCUCAAGAGGAACCGCAACCUGGCCAGCCACUCCGGGCGGCCAUUCAAGAUCAUCGCCGCCGUCAUCACAGCUUUCUUCCUGUGCUGGGCCCCCUACCACAUCAUGGCCCUGAUCGAGAUGGUGGACAACGCGGCCGCUGAGUUCAGCUACACGUUAGACCACGUCACCACCAUCGGGGUCCCCAUAGCCACCAGCCUGGCCUUCCUCAACAGCUGUCUGAACCCCCUGCUGUACGUGUUCAUGGGCCAGGACUUCAAGGAUAAGCUGCGCAAGUCCAUUCUGACGGUUCUGGAGAGUGCCUUCACUGAGGAAGUGUCAAGGUCCAACCACACCUACACAAACUCUGGACUCACAAGCCGUAGCAAGGAGAAGUCCUAUUCUGAUGCUGAGGUAUAGGGUCUUAUAUUAUAA